GGACAGGAGAGAGAGAGAGGGAGAGAGAGAGGUGAGCGGAGAAGGCACGUCGCACUAUCAGCUGAAUCCAUCUAAGAAAACAACUCGCAGGGAGUCCGCGUCUGAGCUGCGCCAGGCACUGAAAGGCAAGUCUGACCUCCCCACCAAAAACAGCGCACAGGACGGACGCAGCUGGCCGUCAUGGCCCGUGGCGGAUCAGGCGGCGGACAGUUCGGCGAGUGCGUCCUCACCGUUCGGCCAGAGUGUGGAAGGCGAGAGAAGUGCCCCCUGCCGCUGUCUCCGGUGCUUUUGCGCCGCUCACGGUGUUGAGUCAAAGCGGAGGGAGCUCUCCUUUUAGAAGCUGGGAAACGCAGGAGAGAAAAAAAGUACCGACGGCAGUGCGGACGGACUCGCAGCCACAUCCGAGACACACACACGGGGAGGCAGAAGGGGACAUAACCCAUGCGGGCAAAUAUGCUCCUCCGUAGAGUCGCCGGCUUCGAGCUGCUCGUAGGAACCGACUCGCACAAGCGUCGCCGAACAGAGCUUUACGCACGGGUUUGCAGCAGGACCGCAUGAAGGACGGAGGCGUAAAGACGGGGGAAAAGUUGACUGCGGUUGCGGGGUUUGCGAUGGAUAAAGGCUCAGCAAAGGUCUCUGGAUCCAAAUGUCACCCCCCUUGGACUCUGCCCUGGUCUGGGACCAGCAGUGUGUGACGGACAGGCGAGCGGAGCCUGCGGUGGCGCUCAAAUUGGCCCUGGCUGAGCUCUGCAUGGAGCAGCGAGAGAAGAGUCCUGCUAUGGUCUGAUGUCUCAGCAUGGAUGGAGUCAGUCAGAGGCCUGGCCACCACUAAUGAGACCAUCGCUCUUCGGCUGAGGACUAGCAUUUACAGGAUUACUCCCACAGUUUCCUGCUCUUUUCCCAGCUAACUGCAUCAUUACUUAACAAUCUUAGUUGGACUUUUUUAUAUAUUUUCAUGGGUCUGGUUUUUGGUGGAUAUAUACGUCAUUUGCCUCUCUGAUUUUCAUUUUUUUAUUCCCUCCCGCCAGUUUUUUUUUUUUUUAAUUGUUGGUUUGCCUUUUUUUCCCCCCUGUUUGUUUUUCCACUAUGGAGUUUCUGGCUGGACCCUGGAUUAAAGAUUGGGCUUCGUUCUUGCAAUUUUGGUUGACUGUCAUCCUAAGCCUCCAAAUGCAAUUCAGCCCAGGUGCCUCUUGUCCGCAAGAGUGUCGUUGUGACAAAGGGUUUGUGUACUGCAACGAACGCAGCCUGACAUCAGUGCCUCUGGGGAUACAGGAGGGCUACAAGGUCCUCUACCUCCACAACAACCAGAUCAACAAUGCUGGUUUCCCUGUGGAACUUCACAAUCUGGCCUCCGUAGAAACUGUGUACCUGUACGGCAACCAGCUGGACGAAUUCCCCGUGAAUCUGCCCAAAAACACCAAGGUCCUGCACCUCCAGGAGAACAAUAUCCAAACAAUCUCCAAGGCAGCUCUUGCCCAAUUGACUAAACUAGAGGAGCUACACCUUGACGAUAACUCCAUCUCCACAGUAGGGGUGGAAGAAGGGGCCUUCAGGGAGGCGGUAAGCCUCAAACUCCUCUUCCUCACCAAGAACCACUUAAGCAGCGUUCCCAUUGGUCUUCCCGAAGACCUGAAGGAGCUGCGGUUAGAUGAGAACCGCAUUGCUGUCAUUGCAGAGGAGGCCUUCCAGAAUGUGACACGUCUACAGCGCCUCCUGCUGGACGGGAACCUGCUGACAGAUGAGGGCAUCGCACCAGGGACCUUCCAGGACCUGGCCACCCUCCGCGAGUUGGCUCUGGCCCGCAAUUCCCUGACUUUCCCCCCUCCUCUCUUGCCCAGCCAGUCGCUGGUCAAACUUAGCCUCCAGGAGAACCAGAUCGACCAGAUCCCCGUGGCGGCGUUUGCGGGUCUAAACAGGCUGGAAAGACUGGAUAUCUCCAGCAACCAGCUUCAAACUCUAACGCAAGGUGUGUUCGAUGGCCUGUCCAGCCUGAGGCACCUCAUAGUGCGAAACAACCCGUGGCGCUGCGACUGCACCGUGAAAUGGGUGGUGGUGUGGCUCAAAUCGCUGCCUUCCUCUGUCAACGCCCGCGGGUUUACGUGCUCGAGUCCGGAGAAGGUGCGUGGCAUGACAAUCAGAGAGCUCACGCUGGAUAUUAUCGAGUGCCCCAUUCAACCCGACCAGCCGCCCUGGCCCACCCUCCGCUCCACACCCCCUCCCCCACCCACCACCACCCCUGUCACCACCAUGAUUUCCACCCUCAUCACUUCAUCCAUCCCUUACUACUUUGACUCCCCCUCCCCCACGCUGCCCCCCUUACUUAACAACCCCGCCGGACCCCUGCCUCCUUACGAGGACCCUCUUCAGAUCUCCUUCCACGUGGUCAACUCCACCAACAUCGACGUGAGCUGGGCUUCCUACUUUACUGUCACCGCCUACAAGGUCACUUGGGUCAAAAGGGGCCAAAGCCAAAUCAACGAAGGAAUGCAGGAGAGGACGGUGAGCGGGGACCUGCGGCGCAUCAGCCUCACCAACCUGGAUCCCCGGUCUGUGUAUCGGAUCUGCGUGCACGUCCUGGACACCCUUAAUUCCUAUAGGCCUGGGGAGGAUACUAUAUGCUCCGAGGCCAGGACCAAGGCGCCGGUGACCACCAAGCCUCCGGGCAGAGAGCAGGCUCCUCAGGACAGCAUCAGCUCCACGCUGCUAAUGGCUGGGAUCAUAGGAGGGGCUGUUCUUAUCGUCCUGGUUACGCUGCUCAGCUUGUUCUGCUGGCACAUGCACAGGAAGAACCGGUCGUCUUCGACCAAGUGGAAAUACAACCGCGGCAGGAGAAAAGACGACUACUGCGAGGCUGGAACCAAGAAGGAUAACUCCAUUCUGGAGAUGACUGAGACCAGUUUCCAGAUAGUGGCGCUGAACAAUGAGCAGCUGCUCAAGGGAGAUUUCCGCAUCCAGCCCAUCUACACUCCCAACGGGGGCAUUGGAUUUAGAGACUGUCACCUCAGUAACAACAGCAUAGCCUACUGCAAGAGCAGCAACGUGCCCAGUACAGAGUUCUGCCACACGUGAUGCUGCAGACACUCAGUACAGCAGCGCACACACACACACACACACACACACACACACACACACAAAGCAAAAAGACUUGCAUAAACACACACACACUGUUUGUCUAGACAUUGAAAAAUAUAAAAAAUUAUAGUGAAAUAUAACUGUAUUAUAUAUAUUUCCAAGUUCUGUCUACGAUGUAAUUUAUACUGUGGAUAAUAAUGUGGGAUUCUCUGCUAUCUUUUUUAUUCCUAGAAAAACAGAUACAAGUGUUUCUUUUUUUUAUAACCAGCAGGGUUUUGGAAGUUGUUUUAACGGUCAGUACUGUACAUGAACAUGGAUUUGUACAAUCACGGCACCCUGGGUGUAGCUUCUGACAAAAAAAAAAAAAUUUGCUGUUAGCCUUGGAAAUGUUUUUUGGGGGAGGGGGCGCUUUAGGAGGGCUGGGAUCCUUUGCUAACCACAGAAGCAAAAAUAGGACCUUUUCACACUUUGAAACCCUGCAAAAAAAUCAAAAGAAUAAUAAAAACACCCUCCCCAGAACAACACGGCAGACGGGGAAAUCCAAACACUGCUGAUUAGAGGAAAUAUGGCGCUGGUUCAGUGACGGCGUGUUUAAAAAGGAAAAAAAAGAAAGUGCAUGUUCUUAUUAAUGGCAGCAAGGCAGGAAAUGAGCAGAGGUAGGCGGUGGUGGCGUGUGACGGGGGUUGUGCACGGCCGUGCAGGUUGGGAAUAUCAUCGGUGUUGUUGAAAAGCCUGGGCUGAAAGUUCCUUAACACUAAAAGCAUCUUUGUUGUUUGUUUCCAGGUAGAAUUGGUGGCUUUUGGACAGCUCUGGAAAAAUGAUUGUUUCUAAAAUCAUGCUUGAAUGUGCUGAUUCUUGCUGAUCCUUUCCUUUCGAAGAAACAUUCGUUCGCUCAGCUUCUUUUCCCCCCAAAUGUUUUGGCCAGUGAGGCCACAAGGGGGCAGUUUUCCUCAGCGUUUUGUGUGUGUGUGUGUGUGGUACAUAGUCAGGCCAGAGAGAUCACUUUACCUCCACCAUUUCCCCCGAGCCCAUUACCCAGACAACAUUACUCAUGCUUGAACAGCAUUGUGUCGAGUAUUUUUGCUCAUUGGGCUACUUAAUGAUGUGGAAUCAUUUAAAACUAACAGUGUUUCUGUGUUUGCUGGUUAAAUGAUAUGGAUUUUCACCACUCCGGUCCAUUAUGAGAUGAUUUGUGUGUGUGUGUGUGUGUGUGUGUGUGUGUGUGUGUGUGGAGAGCAUGAUGAAUUUUGAUAUGGCUCACACAUAACACUAAUUAUACAGCCACUUAUCUCAACCUUGUCCCAUCGUCCAUUAGACUUUGUGAUAAAUUAGGAAAUUACAACAAUGGACUCGCACCCCGCCCAUGAUCGCACACUGCGCUGCGACCAAGCGCUUCAUCUAGCUUCUCAUUAUUUAUCCUUUUGUCCGCACUUAUAGUGUGGCCUUUUUCAUUCACGCUUUGCUCAGCCAAAACAAUGCAGCUGCUCACUUCACAACAGCAUCUCUGAGAGGAUGAUUGCCACUCUGUCUGCCUUCCCGUGUCAGCGUCCAACUCUUCGCUCCGAUCUGUGCACGGCUCAGUUAAAACGCUUUCCCUGCCCUUCGGCUUGUAAGCGUUGGUGGCUUCUCUUUGCAUUGAAUGUGAGGGUGCCAGUGUGAGGUAUUCAUUAUGCACCUCUUAAGGAAGCUUUAUUUGAUUUGACAAGAUUUUAUUUUGAGGGGCCAAGCUUAAAGAGCUCCUUCCCUUUUCUUUCCCCCCUUCGCAUAAUCCUCAACCAAAAAAGGGAGAGAAAUAUGUAGGCCUUAUUUUCACAUGGCUGCCCGAAGCUCAUGCUGAGAGGUAGUUUUUAACUCUUUGCGAGGCACACAGAUUCAGCUGUUCAAAUGCACUGUACCCGACAGAGUCGGCACAACCUAAGAUCACUUUUUACAAUCCAGAGAUUUUUUAAGGGCUCGUGCGAAGCGUUGAGAUUAAAAGUAAGCACUCUUCCUAUGACUCCAGCAUUAGCUCAGAUUGUGAUAAAUUGGCCUGUUUGCAAUUCCAGUGCUUAAAAUCUGUUCAACCUUUAAUUGAAUACUUUAAUGAAUUAAAUCAUCCAUCUUAAAAUGUAAUUUAAGGUCACCCUAAAAUAAUUUUUACGUAUUGAAAAUUCA